AAACUCCCUCUUUUCUCCCUGUUCUUUGCAGCCGGUCGGACGCACGAGUCCCAUACCUGCAUAGAGCUCCCUGCAUUAUUGAGGACCGUCCCUCAUCGAACGUCGCAAUAUCCCGAGCGCACUGCACCAAGAGGGAGACGAUACCGAAAAUAAUUCACUUUACCUCAACCAAAAAUAUUAUAAAGUCCAGUACUUCACAACCAUUAAUCGAAAUGUUUGUCAAAAGAAUGCGGAGGCGAGAGCCGGGCUGCUCUGAGUGCACUCUGUUUCUCUGGCUUUCACCACGCAGCCUCUGGGACUGUGGGCUCAUUUAGUUCACUUCAGUAAUGGACACAACAUAUAGGCUGGGCGGGUGGAGAGGAGAGGGGGAGAUGGAGGAGUGGGAGCAUAAGCAGAGAAGUGAGAGGUGUCCUGACAGAAGUGAAGGGAUGGAGAGCAGGAGAGCAGUAAGGUUCCUCCUCCUUCUGUGCGCACUUUGCCAUCUGACCCUGGCUUUCCCCGCCCAAACAGAAUACUCAGAAGAUGACAACCGACAACUCCAGGUCACCAUCUCCAAGGCAAUCCCGAUUUCCACUGCACAGCUAGGAGGCUCCAUCACAAUCCCAUGUAUGGUGUCCCUGUCCCCUGGGCCCCCCUCGCCCUCCUCGCCCCCCAGCCCGCCCCGGGUCAAGUGGAGCGUGUUGCAUGAUGGGGAGCAGGAGGAGACAGAGAUCCUGGUGGCGCGGGGUCAAAGGGUGAAGGUCAACGAGGCCUACGGAGAACGAGCUUCCCUGGUCAACUUUGCAGACUCGCCCGAGGACCUCUCCCUCUGGCUGGGGGAGCUGCGCUCAACAGACACAGGGCACUACCGUUGCGAGGUGCAGCAGGGCCUGGACGACGCCAGCGACUUCACACAGAUCAAGGUCAAAGGUGUGGUCUUCCACUACAGACAUGCCUCUGGUCGCUAUGCAUUUUCGUUCAGUGAGGCCCAGGCGGUGUGCGAGAGCAUUGGGGCACACAUCGCUACUCCCGACCAGCUUCUGGCAGCCUAUUACGAUGGCUAUGAGCAGUGUGACGCCGGCUGGCUCGCUGACCAAUCUGUCAGAUAUCCAAUCCAAGUUCCCCGGGAAGGUUGCUAUGGUGACAUGGAUGGUCGCCCGGGAGUGAGGAACUAUGGGACGCUGGAACCAGAGGAGCUGUUUGAUGUAUAUUGUUAUGUGGAGCAUAUUGAUGGGGAGGUGUUCCAUGGCUCUGCCCCUAAGCAGCUGUCAUUGAAUGAGGCUUGGGCGUACUGCGAGAAGGAAGGGGCAGAGCUGGCUACCACCGGGCAGCUGUACAUGGCAUGGAGUGAGGGUCUGGACCGCUGCAACCCUGGCUGGCUGUCUGAUGGCAGCGUGCGCUACCCCGUCAUCACCCCUAGAGCGCGCUGUGGAGGUCCACAGGCAGGGGUCAAGACCCUGUAUCGCUACAGCAACCAGACAGGCUUCCCUGAAUCCUCCAGCCGCCAUGAUGUUUACUGUUUCAGAGGUAAUGGGAAUCCUCACACGGAUGCCCCCAUGGACUACAUGGCCACUGAACCAGAGGACAUCGGACAAGAUAUUGUUGUUCUUAUGGAGCCUGCCGAGGAGCUCCAUCCGAGCCUGGAUCCAGAGCAAGUGGAGCGAGAGGCCCAGAGUGUCCUGCAAUCCCUCCCCGUCUUCCAGUCAGCUCCUGCUCGGGAGGACCUGCAAGGAUCUCCCCCUACGUCCAUGUCAAGCACAGAGGUCCCACUCACCCGUACAGCUUCCACCCAGGACCUCCUCCAGCCUUUUGAUGAGACUUCACUUCCUGUAGAAGAACACUACCACUCCCAGCAUCCUACUUCACUUCCCAGCACCUCCAGUGUGCCAGACUCCCUUCACGAACAAAACUAUCACUCCCAGCAUUCUACUUCACUACCCAGCACAUCCAGUGAGCCAGACUCCCUUCACAAUGAAGACUAUCACUCCCAGCAUUCUACUUCACUUCCCAGCACCUCCAGUGAGCCAGACUCCCUUCACGAAGGAGACUAUCACUCCCAGCAUUCUACUUCACUUCCCAGCACCUCCAGUGAGCCAGACUCCCUUCACGAAGGAGACUAUCACUCCCAGCAUUCUAGUUCAUUACCCAGCACAUCCAGUGAGCCAGACUCCCUUCACGAUGGAGACUAUCACUCCCAGCAUUCUACUUCACUUCCCAGCACCUCCAGUGAGCCAGACUCCCUUCACGAAGGAGACUAUCACUCACAGAAUUCUACUUCACUUCCCAGCACCUCCAGUGUGCCAGACUCCCUUCACGAAGAAAACUAUCACUCCCAGCAUUCUAGUUCAUUACCCAGCACAACCAGGGAGCCAGACUCCCUUCACAAUGGAGAAUAUCACUCCCAGCAUUCUACUUCACUUCCCAGCACCUCCAGUGAGCCAGACUCCCUUCACGAAGGAGACUAUCACUCACAGAAUUCUACUUCACUUCCCAGCACCUCCACCUCUACUUCACUUCCCAGCACCUCCAGUGUGCCAGACUCCCUUCACGAAGGAGACUAUCACUCCCAGCAUCCUACUUCAUUACCCAACACCUCCAGUGUGCCAGACUCCCUUCACGAAGGAGACUAUCACUCCCAGCAUCCUGCUUCAUUACCCAGUACCUCCAGCGUGCCAGACUCCCUCCACGAAGGCAACUCCAGUUUCUACCGACUCGAACUGGAAACGAGCCCAGAAUUCCCAGAGCCGUCCUACAAGCCACACAUACAUUACCAGCCGAUGCCAGAGAUGAACCCGGAGGAACCCGACUACCAGCAGUCAGGCUCUUCCAAGCACUUCCAGCCAAUGCCAGAGACCAACCUGGAGUUGGAUCAACUGGAAGCCAACUACAGCACAACAGCAGGUAACCAGAGUCAGCGGGAGAAUGCACAAGAGACUACCAACAUGGCCUUUGACCCCAUAGAGAAUGCUACCGAGGCACGUGACCCCACUGCAGGGAGAAGACACAAAGAGGGAGAACUUGAAGAGACUUCCAUCUCGACCGAAUCCCUGGGUGAGCUUGAUCCUCACCCAGUCUGGUCUACACUCUCCCCCCACGGAAGGGCAACCUCAGUGUGGUUGCCCUUGGAUGGAUCUGGAGAUAUGUCCCAAGAGAUUGACCUAGGUGUCCAGCAGGGAAUGCACACAGACAGAUCCCCCACCUCUGAACCCUCUGACUUCACCACUCACAUGUCUGCCUCACCUGGAGCCACCAGCAUCUCCAAUGAGCAGCAGACAGGAGUGCCACAUUCAAGCAGCAUCUCGUCUGGACUGGAUCAUUCUGAGGAGCUGGGACUGGAUGUGUACUCCACAGUAGCUGUGUACUCCACAGUAGGCCGUCCACCAGGAACCUCCCAGGGAACUUCCUCCGCUAUACCGGAAGGCAGCACCAGUCUAGAUUUCGAGGGCAUCGUCAAUCCAGAGAGAUUGGAACCUUCAGGAGCAGUGGAGCUGGCACCAGGGGAGUCUGAUGAGGAGCACCUGGGGUCUGGAGUGGAAAUAGCUACGACUGAGUCUCCAGACCUGUCCACCACCUCCCAGCUGCCUGUCGAGUUUACCACAAUGGGCUAUCAAACAACGGCCAUGUCCAGAAUAGAGGUGGAUCCCACAACCACGGACCCUGAAGAAGACGGAAGUGGACAUGAGCCAGGCACUGAUGAACCGUCCCUCGGAGAAAAAGUUACAGUCUUCCCCCUUGAGUCGCAAACAACCAGUUGGGAUCUGCACCGUACCACCUCUGCACCCCAAGAGUCUCAGGACGACCUUGAAUACAGCGGGGAACCCGCUUCCUCCUCUUCCCAGACAGAGUUUCCAGACUCCUCAGCAGAACCUGAACUGUUUGUGUCAGACUCCUUGUCCACCUCAAGUACAGAUCCCACCGCUGCCACUAUGUCCACAUCCACCGUGUACACAUCCACAGAGUGGGCCACACAGACCUGGAGCCCCGUCACCUCCACUACACAAAGUCCCCCAGAGCCAGAGAGGGUGACGGCUCUUAAACCCCCUGUGGAUCAUGGCCAGAUGGAUCUGGAAUUCGGCCUCACCCAGCCGCCAACCCUGCUCAUCUUGCCCAAUGAGAGAGCUGCUGUGGGCAGUUCCAGGAAGAUUUCAGAUGCCUGUCUGGAGGACCCCUGUGCCAACGGCGGCACCUGCGUCGAGAUGGGCGGGAGCACCAAAUGCCUCUGUUUGCCCAGCUAUGGAGGUGACCUCUGUCAGAUGGAUCUGGAGCAGUGUGGGGGGGGCUGGCAGAAGUUCCACGGGAACUGCUACAAGCACUUCAACCAGCGGCUGAGCUGGGAGGUGGCGGAGCAGCACUGUCGCAUGGUGGGGGGCCACCUGGUGUCAAUCAUAACCCCUGAGGAGCAGGACUUCAUUAACAAUAACUAUAAGGAGUAUCAGUGGACUGGACUGAACGACAAGACCAUCGAGGGGGAUUUCCGCUGGUCCGAUGGUAACCCAUUGCUCUAUGAGAACUGGUACAGGGGCCAGCCUGACAGUUACUUCCUGUCUGGAGAGGACUGUGUGGUGAUGGUGUGGCAUGAUGCCGGGCGCUGGAGUGAUGUGCCCUGCAACUACCACCUGGCCUACACCUGCAAGAAAGGCACCUCUUCAUGUGGCCCUCCCCCCAAAGUCCGGAACGCAUCUGCGUUUGGCAGAAUCCGCCAGAGGUACGAGACAGACGCCAUUGUGCGCUACUACUGUGCCCAGGGCUUCCAGCAGAGACAAAACCCUCUGGUCAAGUGCCUGCCAGGUGGCAAGUGGGAGGAGCCCCAGAUCCUCUGCAUUCCUGCGGCAGGAAACACAGCACAGGUAGCAGGAGUAACAUCACCAACAACAGGAAACCAGGAGCUGACUGGAGAGGAAUCCUAAACAAAAAAACACCUUAAUACUGGGACAUCAAGUGGAACUUUUAAAUUCCAUACCAUGUCCCAUUACACUUCAAGAGUUUUCUUUCUUCAUUUACCAGAGAUCUGAAAUGGCUGAACAUGUGAAGGCAAUAUUGUGAUCUUGAAAGGAGACAAGGAAAGAGUAUUGGGACACAGGGUCAGUUUGGCAUUACAUUCCUACUCGUCAUCGAAGCACAUCGAUCUGAAUCUGUAGUUGGGAUAGCCUGGGCUUUAGGGUCUCUUGCAGCCCUACAUAGGAUGUUAUGAAUUGCAAUGGUGUGCUAGAAGGCAGAACACGGAACAUUUUCCGUGAAAAGUCCUUGGGCAUUCCGAAAAUCCUGUCACUGACGCAUGUCUAUUAUCAGUAACUCCUUGUCCAUCCAUCCGGAUUGUACACUAUAUAUAUACAAGUGUAUGGACACUGCUUCAAAUUAGUGCAUUUGGCUUUUUCAGCCACACCCAUUGCUGACAGGUGUAUCAAAUCGAGCACACCGCCAUGCAAUCUCCAUAGACAAACAUUGGCAGUAUUAAUUGCCUUAUUGAAGAGCUCAGUGACUUCCAACAUGGCACCGUCAUAGGAUACCACCUUUCCAACAAGUCAGUUUGGCAAAUUUCUGCCCUGCUAGAGCUGCCCCGGUCAACUGUUAGUGCUAUUAUUGUGAAGUGGAAACGUCUAGGACCAAAAACAGAGCAGCCACAAAGUGGUGGGCCACACAAGCUCACAGAACGGGACAGCCAAGUGCUGAAGCUCCAACUGUGUUAGACAGUGGUAGGAUACACGGUAGCUCGUCUUGAGACAAUUUGGUUCAGACGUUUUUUUUAACGAUAUCCACACAUUGUACAAUCCAGAAGGACGGACAAGGAGUAAUGGGUUAUAAAUAUGCCUUAGGUAGCAGAAUUUUUGGAAACCUGGAUGCCAAAGGAUUUUUCACCAAAUAUGUCCCGGGCUCCAAAUUAUAGCGAUCUAGGAUGCCAUUGCAUUCAAUGUGCGACGUCAACUCCAGGACUCUUGUUGGUUUUAAACAGCCGUCAUCACACUAACGGUGUCAAUCAUUGUUUAUGGACUAUUAUUGGCAAAUCAGCUUUAUAAAUC